UUCUUCAUUAAUCGAAAACCAAGAAAAUUUAUUGUGAGAAAAUGGCUUCCAAAGUCACCGAAGGAGCACUAACUUUAUUAAAAACUCUUCCUCGAGUGGCACUUAACAAUAUAAAGGACUUACCUACGACAUUAUAUAAAAAAAAAACAGAUAGGGCAGCUGGCAGGAAGAAAAAAGGUCGAGGUGACAAGGGUCAGGGUGCGAGAGGUACAUGGGAUCCUAUUGGGUAUGAGGGAGGACAAGCUCCUCUGAUCCUUACAACACCUGUAGAGAAACACUAUGGAAAAUAUGCAGUACGUCGACAGUAUCCACCUAUCAGCUUGCUAGAAGUACAAAGACUUAUCGACCUACAAAGAGUGGACAUUAAACGACCAAUAGACAUUACGUCCAUUUGCAAUACAAAUCUUUACCAUCUGGAUGUUUCUAAGAAUCAUUUUGGUUUCAAUCUCACAGAAGAGGGUUGUGAUGUCUUCAAUGCUAAAGUCAACUUAGAAGUUCAGUGGGUAACAGAACUGGUUAUUGCUGCUGUUGAGAGAAAUGGUGGUACCAUCACUACACGCUACUAUGAUCCACAAUGCGUGGCGGCACUCAAUAACCCAAAGGCUUUUUUCGAGAAAGGUCUACCAAUACCAAAAUGUAAACUUCCCCCGCAGGACGCUCUAGAAUUCUACUCAAACCCAAAUAAUCGUGGCUAUUUAGCUGAUCCAGAAAAGGUGCUUGAAGCUCGGGAAAAACUUGCCCAAAAGUAUGGCUACAAAUUACCAGAUUUAAGCAGCGACCCUGUCAAGUCCUUGCUCCUGAUGAGAAAAGAUCCUUUACAGAUAUUUUAUGGUCUUGAACCUGGUUGGAUUGUCAAUAUGGCUGAUAAAUGUAUUUUGAAGCCUAAAGAUGAAGAUUAUCUCAGAUAUUAUGCUAAUGUUUACUGAAAUUAUAUUAAUAAAAAAGAAUUAUUCAAAUGUUUUGGUCUUUUUUUUUAUUUUUCUCUACAAGAAAAAGAAAAUUGAAUUGUCUCAAGGAAUGGUGAAAAGAUAAGUUCAUUAUUUCCAUUGCUAAAGUUUGAGUUGAUGUCAUGACUUAAUUAGUAACAUUCUCUUAUUGUCUUACAAGUUUCAGACACUCCUUUUUAAACCUGCAGGACCAGCAUGGCAAUAAGUGCAUACCAGGGUUAAAUGUAUACACAGAGUAAAGCUUAGUUAGCUGCUAUAGUCCAAUUUCUUUUAUUCAAAUGAUAAGCAAAUACAUUUAUGGUGCAAAAGUCAAAUUUAUUUUAUAUAAUUUAUCACUGCUAGUAGAAUCCCAUUGGUAUUAUUAAAUUAAUUUGAUUUUCCAAAUACACCACAGAAAAACUAUGGUGACAACACAGAAGAAAAAAAAGAUAUUCAUUGUUACUAUCUUAAACACAAAGUUUGCAUAGCAGAACAAAUACUAGUGGGACACUACCUCCUUCAACUUAUACUGAUUAGAUCAUUACAUCUAGUCUGUCUAGUAAACAUAACCAAAUACUUAAAAUUUGUGUAUACACCAUGAAAACAUGAAUUAAUUAUUAUUAACUACUUCACCUCCCUAUGUAUCAUUUUUGUAUGUAAUGUUAAAAAAAUCUGAUCUUUUUUAUACUUUACAUUGUACAAAUUCAAUCAAAUAAAAGAACUCAGUUUGCUAAAGACUAAUGAAUAAAAUGCUCACAAUAGCUGAAAUACAGAGUAAGCACUACUGCAAGGCAACACUUGUUUAAUUACACAGGUGUGUGGUUUCAGUGAACAAACUAGGUCUGAACUAUUCAACCAGUACAGAGCACUAUUACACACAACUUAGUAUAUUAUUAAAGCCUAUGCUCAAAUUUGAAGUACUUGCCUCUGUUAGUAAUCUAUAGAUAUGCAGUUUUAUUCAAAUACAUUUUCAAAGAUAUGUUUGUAAUUGUUUUUAAACAAACAUUUUUGUUCCAUAAUUGAAUUGAAUAUUAUUUUUCUUAAUCCCUCCCUCCCUUCCAAUUUUCUUUGAACAAUCUCUAUUAGAUUUGUGUCAAUGUGAGAGAAAUAAAGAAACACACAAUACUUCCAGGGUACUCAUUUUAAUAUCACCUUUUCUAGUGUUACAGAUAAUGUGCUGCCCAGAAGACAAUUUGUUAAAAUCCUCUUCUUAAAAAGAAUCAUUUCUAGAGAAUAAGAUUGUGAGCAUCUUAUUUAGCUAUUGAAAACAUCCAUCAAUUCCAGUGUUAUAGCUCAAUUUUUAGAGAUCCUUUUUUGAUAUGAAUGUAUUGUAUUUGAUAAAAUUUUCCUAAAUGAAUAUUAGUGAUAAAUAAUACAACCACUUAAAAAGGUUAUUUCAUUUCUCAUCAAAUGUAUGUUCAAGAGCCAAACACAAAUGUAUUUUUACAAACAGUAUCACAAUUACAAGAAUAACAUGUUCUUUAAGAAAUUGCGGACAUAAAAUAUUGAUAGGCCUGUCAAAACUUUUAAAGUAUAAAUAAUAAUAACCACACAUCUGUAAUUUCUUUGACUUUCCUUUGGAGACUAUGUCUAAGUGUGUUUUAACUUUGUACGUUUAAAAUGAAAGAAAAGAAUAUGUACAAACAAAAAGAAAAAAAAAAAGGCAAGUAAUAGUAAAAUAAGUAGAAGAGCAUCAUAUAAGGGAGAGAAAAUGUGUUCAGUUCCUACAGUGCCAGUGAAUGCCAGUCAAAUAACUAGAUAGAUUAUUCAGAUGCUUUUACAAAUAAUUUAAUAAUGUACAGUUUUACCCAAUUUAUGAAUGUCAGUAUUGUCAAAUAAAAACUUUUUUUU